AUGGCUAAAGUUGUCGUAUCAAGGCGUUUGAGCGAUCCGGCGAUUGACGCGCUCAAAUCAUGCAAGGAAAUCGACAUCGUUUUAUGGGAGCCCGAUCGCAAGGCCGAUCGGGAAUGGUUGCUAUCCAAUGUGGUGGGGGCGGUUGGACUUGUGGUCACCUUAACGGACAAAGUUGACAAAUGUCUUAUCGACGCUGCUGGACCGUCUUUGAAGGUCGUAUCAACAAUGUCUGUAGGCUACGACCACGUCGACAUUGCUAUCCUGAAAGCACGUGGGAUCAAACUGGGAUUUACACCCGAUGUUCUAACUGAUGCAGUUGCGGACAUUGCCGUGAUGCUUGCUCUUAUGGCUUCCCGAAUGUCAAGCAAGCAAUGGAGAUAUUUUGAAUACCACGAUUCCCAGUGGACAAAUACGCCAUGGUCUCCUUCUCUUCUGACUGGGCCGCAGUUGUCAACUCCGGGAACGACGGUAGGAUUCAUCGGGUUUGGCCGCAUCUCUCGCGCAACGCUCGCACGCUUAGUUCCCUUCCGAAUUUCGCGUGUUGUGUACACGAGGUCUUCUUCUCCACCAGUACCUACCAACGACCUGGCAUUGCUUUCAGAGUUUCCAACUUUGAAAGAAGCCAAGUGGGUUGGCUUAGAUGAACUUGCCCGAGAGUGUGACUUUGUCUUUGUUUUGACACCAGGUGGAGAAGCAACGAAACACCUUGUAGGAAAAGACUUUUUAUCAAAGAUGAAGAAGAACGCGGUGCUGGUUAAUCCUGGAAGAGGCUCGGUCGUCGAUUCCAACGCUCUCGCUGAAGCGCUCAAAGAAGGUCACAUCUGGGGUGCAGGGUUGGAUGUAGUUGAUGGUGAACCCAACAUCCCGGCGGAUCACGCCCUUGUUAAGGAACCACGUGCAGUGGUACUUCCCCACAUUGGCUCCGCCACUGUUCAAACCCGGCUUGACAUGGCUCAACUGGCCGUAAGCAAUUUGAUUGCUGGAAUUCGAGGCGAGCGGAUGCCAUCUGAGGCAGCACUGUGA